GUUGCUGCUGACCGUGGGGUAAAGAAUUGAAGGCAAGCAAAGGGCGCGCGAUAGCACGACGGAGGACAUUCCUCGAGAAUCACCCACUGGGAAUUGAGCCGCCGAUGGAAGUGGCUGGCGGUGUGGAAAUCAGCCUACCCACGGCGAAUGAGGUCCGACGACCAGUGACGGAUUGGAUCGGGAUCGAGCUUAUGGAAAAUACAGUUUACUUAUUGACCAAGGUUGAGUGGAGGGCAGAUGAAGAUGGCGAGUGGAACCUGCACCCACGGGGAUAUGUGCACGCAGAGGGGUGGUUGUAUAUGUCGGAGGAUGGAUGGCGCGCGUUCGGAGUCCUGUUAGCAUCAGGUGAAGAUCCGGUAAGCCUGUUUGAGGGGGCAUGGCAGCUAGUGUGGCAAGCGGGGUUCGAGUUCGCUGACCAGGAGUUCGAUGAUGUAACGACAAACCUUAGGGUAGCUAUGGCUGGGAGAUUCAACCUGCCUAGUGAGAACGUCCGGAUGAGGUUGCCGCCCUUCUUACUAGAACAGCUAGGCGGGCUGGAGCUUGUCAGGCGGGCAGUGGCCGACCUCACCUACCUGACAUUAGAGGAAGCGAUGGUCCACCAGGAAUAUUACCGGGUCUUCCUUGAAAUGGGACCAUUCAAUGGUGAACAGAGGUAUGAGGUACUGCGAAUCUUGCGCGCCGUAUUUACCACCAAGCCUAGAGCUCCGGUUGUUAGCGACGAGGUUCUAUGGGGCGUUGUUCGACGAGAGGCCGGGGAAAAGCAGAGGGAUAACAAGGAAGGAGAAAGGACCAGUGCGGUCGAUGAAGCGGGUAGCUCUGAGGGGGGUCUCAAGAGGAUAGUAGCCACCCUCACUCGGACUCUGAAUAAAAAUCAGGGGUAUCUUGCGGAUGCCAAGAAGAAACUCACUUUCGACGGGGCGAACAUUACGGAGUUCCUGAUAGACUACGAGAACCUGGCAGCCUUGUUGAAAUGGAGUGAGGAAGAAAAGAUGGACCACGUAGGGCAGCAUGUGUCGCUAAGCUUAGGAAGGGACAUUAUGACCAUCGUCGCCUCUAGUGGAUCCUGGAAAGAGACCCGGAACGAGAUGAUGAGAAAAUACCUGAAGGCAGAGAAAAUGGCAACAGAAGAUGAGUUGGCAGCGGUCCAAAGGAAGAACUAUGCGACUUACGAUGACUUCCUGAGGGCAUUUACCCUAGUGGCGUUACGGAUUCCCGGGGUAACAGACCGAAUAAUGAGCAGGUAUUUCCUCAGGCAGUUCUCUGAGUUCGACAAAGAUAAGAUUCUAUCAGCCUACCAGAAGACUAAUAAGUUUGAGUACACAAGGGAUGUGGAUUUCAGCAUAAUAACAGACCUCGCAGAAAAGACAGUGAUGACCGAGACGUUAGCCCUGCUUAAGGAAGGAGAGGUUAUAGACCUGACCGGGAAAACAAGGGAUAAGGUCAAGAAGGGGAUAAAAAACCUGCAUGAACGAGUGCACGGGGUUGAUAACAAGAUAGAAAGAGUGAAAAAUGUGUUACUCUUAAUGCAGGCGCAAGUAUCCCGACCCGCCCUCCCGCCCCAAGAGGCCGUAGUUCCGGCGGCAGUAGCGAAUCGAGGGUAUGGCUGGAGGGAUCCGGCCAAUGAGCAAUGCAAGUAUUGCACAAUGAUCGGACAUUUCGUGCGGACCUGCCCAAGACUCAACCAUGAUAUUAUGAGGCAAAGAUGCAGCAGGUCCCUUAAAGAGACGCAGAGGAGGAUGCUUGCAGUCGCAGGGGACAUGUUCCCGGAAAAAUGCGAGCCGUACAUAAACGACAAUCCCAUAAAAGGCGCGCAGAACAAGGAUGAGACAGAGGUCCAGCCGGGCAUACGAAAAUUCGUCUGGGAUCACCUACAGGAUAUCAAGGACCUACUUCAGCGGUUCCUGGUAUAUAAUAUUACCGCAAGCGGACCAAAGAACAUCCUGGUGGUCCCAAAAGUGACCAUACCGGGGUUUCGCUGUGGGGCCUAUGGGAGGAAGCCCGACCCGGCCAAGACGGAUAAGACCUUUCAAUGGCCAACACCUUUGCGCACCACAACGGAAGUACGAGUCUUCCUAGGGGUGGUUGGAUUCUUGAGGAUCUUUAUCAAAGGCUUUGCAAAAAUAGCUGAGCCUAUCCGCGCAAUGAUUAGGGAAGGAGGGACUAUGGAGUGGACCGAGGAUAAGGAAGCAGCAGUCCAGACCCUCAAAGACAUCCUGGUUUCCUAUCAAGUCACUUUGGCAGCACCCUGCUUAAAUGAUGAAGUAGGACGACCCUUUAUCCUGGAAACAGACGGAGGACCAUUGGCAGUAGGAGGAGUCCUGAUACAGGGAAGCGAGGAGGGCAAGGGAAAACCUAUCAGAUUUGAAAGUAGGACCCUGAAUUCGGCAGAGCGACGAUACUCACAGUUCAAGAAAGAGGUUUUAACCAUUCUACAUUGCCUCAAGACCUUUCAGGCAUACCUAUUUGGAAGACGGUUUAUCCUGAGAAUCGAUUCGACCAAUGUCGUCCGGGCAUUAAAGAACUACAAGCUUAUAGACCCGACCAUUGGGAGAUGGAUAGGCUUUAUCUGGCAGUUUGACUACAAGGUCGAGCGAAUUGCGGGGCUCCGAAACAGGGCAGACGGGCUAAGUUGGGUUUGCAUCACGCCGGAGAGAGUAGAGGAUGCGGAGCCAAUCGACGCCUUCCUAGAGUACGAAGGAGGAACCCUCGUUGCAGAUAAUGAGAUGAUGAGCCUCGUUUGCACACCAGGACAAUUGUUGAUUCAGACCCUGGAGAAAGGGGCGCCUACCGUAGUUGCGGAACGCAGGGAAGGACUCGUCACCACGGUCAGACGCAAAGAUGAGAAGGAUUCAUGGGGAGCGACGAUGGGGCCGAAAGAGGAAUUGAUGGCAAUGGCCGUUGAAGGGGGCCGGAAUGUCGUGAUGUGCCUAAUAGAGACUUGGACGCGAAGGGAGCGGCAGUACCUAGUGGACAUAAUUCAGGCAAUGCAUGAUGGGCUAGCCGGAGGGUAUCGGUUAUCGAAAGGGACUCUUGCAAAAAUUGCGCCACUUUACUUAUGGCCAGGUAUGGCAGGUAUGGUGGCUAUCUACAGUCAAACGUGUCUAAUAUAUCAGGAAAGGAGUUCCACACGUGUGUUCGAGCCCCUUAGACCUACUCGGGUACUGGGGCCGGGGCACCUGGUCCACCUUGACCUUGCGGUCAUGCCCGUAUCGACGAAAGGAUACAGGUACAUCUUAGAUGUAAGAGACAACCUCAGCAACUACGUAGAGGCAAUAGCUCUUAAGAGAAAGACGGAAAAGGGAGUGGCCGACUGGAUAGAAGACUUCUACCUAAGGCACCCCUUUGUGCGAAGGUUCAUAGUGGAUAAUGGGACGGAGUUCGUAAAUCACGAAGUGCUAAGCAGGCUCAAGAUGCUUGAUGUACCUAUCAAGAUCAUCGAACCAUACCACCCUGAGGCCAAUGCACCUGUAGAAAGGGGGAACCAGACCUUGAAAAACACAAUCGCUAAGCUGGCGGCAGAUGAUCUGGGAAACUGGCUUCGGUACAUUGAGCAGGCGAUCUUCUCAGAUAGCAUGACGCCGAAGAGGACGACAAGAUGCAUUCCGACAGAACUCUGGUAUGAGAGAGAGAUUGAUUUCCCGGUGGAAGCUUUGGUUCCUACGUGGAACAGGCUAGAUGACAAUCCGCACAUGUCUGCGGAGGAGUUAAUCGUCGCACGAUGCCAACAGGUCGUUAGAAAUGAAGAAGCCUUGGAGGAUGUGGUUAAGCGCGUGAUGGAUAGCCGAGUGAGGGACAAAGCAAGGAGGGACCAGGUCAAGAACAUCCGGAAGGAGCCGCUCCAGGUGGGGGAAAUGACACUAGUUAGGAUCUCGGCUCUUGAAAGCACGUGGUCUGUUUUGAACUUGAGGAUCUUGACGGUACUGGGAUAAAAGGGUCAUUUCCGGAACAGAG